AUGUCGGAGAAGCGCAUCGCAAGCGUCACGUCCACCACCACAGCAAGGCAACGCAGCGUCGCCGAGGAACCUGUCACCUCUGUCCUGGAAGACGGUGAUAUUCCAAUCAACGACGGCGAAGCAGCAUGGGAUGCUGAUGAAGAAGUAUUGGCGGCUCUAGGUUACAAGCCAGAGUUCAAGCGCGAGUUCAACCUCUGGACGACCUUCUGUGUCAGCUUCGCAGUGCUCGGCCUUCUGCUAUCUUUCGCGUCAACGCUAUACUAUGGCAUGGGCUACGCCGGCACAGCGGGCAUGACAUGGGGCUGGCUUAUCGCUAUGAUCGGGAUCCAGUCCGUCGCUGCGAGUAUGGCAGAGCUAUGUAGCUCCAUGCCAACUUCCGGAGGACUGUACUACGCUGCUGCUGUGCUCGCGCCUCCUGGUUGGGGACCAUUUGCAGCGUGGUUGACUGGCUGGUCGAACUGGAUGGGCGGCAUCACCGGCGCACCUUCUGUCAAUUACGGCACUGCUGCGAUGGUUCUGGCUGCGGCGAGCAUUCAGAACCCGAGCUAUGUGCCAACGGACUACCAGACUUUCCUGCUGACGGUCUUCUUGAUGAUCGUGCAUUCAUGUAUGGCGAGUGCAUCGACGAGGUGGUUGGCGAGGAUCAAUAAUGUUGGCAGUACUUUUAACAUUAUAGCGCUGGUCGUUGUGAUCAUCCUGAUUCCUGCUGGAGGCACGGAACGAGAAGCGCAAGGACUACCACGCUUCAAGUCGUCGAAGGAUGUCUGGGGCACGGUAUUCAAUGGAACGGACUACUCCGAUGGCGUAGCAGUGCUGAUGUCCUUCAUUGGCGUGAUCUGGACCAUGUCUGGCUACGAUGCUCCCUUCCAUCUUGCGGAGGAAUGCAGCAAUGCUAACAUUGCUUCGCCGCGAGCUAUCUUCCUGACCUCGGCGGUGGGCGGUACCGCUGGCUGGUUCCUGCAACUCGUGGUAGCUUACACCGUCGUCGAUAUCUCGUCGGUCCUCGAAUCGGAUCUGGGACAGCCCUUCGCUGCAUACCUCACCCAAGUCCUACCGCAGAAAGCUGUGCUGGCAGUGCUAUCUCUGACGAUCGUGGCGGGCUUCGCGAUGGGGCAGGGGUGCAUGAUCGCUGCGUCUCGCAUAGGCGCCUGUGCCGCAUUCGUGGCAUUCACUAUCCCGAUCUUCAUUCGCGUCUUCUUCGUGGGGCGAAGAUUUCGCGCUGGGCCUUGGAAUCUGGGACGUUUCAGUAUCCCCAUCGGAGCCGUCGCUAGCGGAUUUGUGGCAUUGAUGGUGCCGAUUCUUUGUUUGCCGAGUGUGACGGGGAAGAAUUUGACGCCGGAUUUGAUGAAUUGGACUGCUGUGGUUUAUGGUGGGCCUAUGAUGCUUAUCACGGUUUGGUGGAUGGUUUCUGCGCGGAAGUGGUUCAAGGGGCCGAAGGUUAAUCUUGAUCAUUUGAUGCAUGGCGGUGAGGUGGCUGAAGUUAUCGACGGACAUGCGCCGGUGAUCCAGAGGAGUGGUAGUGAGGUGUUCAAUCAUCACACACUUGGAGAGAAGCACGGUGAGAAAGAUGGCACGGGUGUUCAGCAGGCAUCGAUCUGA